AUGGCUUCACGUCCCGUUGUGUUAUGCUACUCUUCCUUUACCUCUCCAGUACCGGCCUUUGACUUGCUCUUCGAACUCACACCAGCCUACGAAGGCGAUUUUACACUACUGGAUGAAGUAGCCGUGACCGAUCUCAGUGAAGAUGAACGAGCAAAGAUAGAAGGGAUAUUAGUCUCUACCGGGGCAAUUAACCGUACUCACCGCAAGGUGGGAAAAGAGAUCAUAAACUUGCUACCAAAUUUAAAGGUCAUUAGCACUCCAAGCGCGGGUAUAAAUCACAUUGACGUACAAGCAGCCACAGAUCGUGGUAUUCGUGUAGGGCGAAGUCCUGGGCAUUUUACAAGUGACUCUGUCGCCGAAUUUGCUUUCGGAUUGCUAUUGGCGUCUGCGAGGUCGAUUGUGCUGGCUAAUGAGAUCGCUAGAACGACUGUUUUCUCAUCAGGCCAAGUAAGUAAGCAAUAACUUUAACUGAAACCGGUAUAUGUUAUGGGGCGCCCAAUGUAAAAAUAUUAUUUAGGCAACAUUUUUCUAAUUUUUUGUGCCCUGGGUAAAAUAUUAAAGCUACAAGCGCUAGCGCGAUCUGCGCGAAGACGGUCCUGAAAAGUGGACGAAUGGUGGAUGAUACCUCAAGGGGGAGUAUUUUAGUGGGCAAAUAAAAGCAUAAUGUUCAAAAAGGGGGUUGCAAAGUUAUCUUCCUAUGUCUUUUAGAAGUUAGACUUUCAGUUAUAUUGAUUAACUGACAGGGGUGCAUGUAGGAAUUGAUUUGGGAGUCUCCAGGGUUAAAAAAGAGAUCUGGAGUUACUAAAGGGUAGGGGCUCCACAUGGGGGUGUAUUAAAUACUGACGGACCCCACUCCAAGAUCUGAAAAUGAAAAGAUAUUCUGCUACUGCUAGCUCUCUCCCUUGACCUGCUUCUAAUUGCCUUCUUUUCUCCACCACAGUGUGUAUGCAGUGUAUGCUCUGCACGAAUGCCUGCCCUGAGAGCUUGUUUCCCAUGGGAGGGGAGCUACUUAACAAAGUUUUAUACGGGGGUGGUCCAAAUCUGUACCCUUUCAUAUACAAUUUUUGACAUAAAAGGUACCCCUUUUCAUUUAACUUCCAUUUAAAAAUGGUACCCUUUUAACAUACCUUCUUAAUUGGAAUAGAUAUAAGGCUAAGCUAACAAUAAUUAUUGCUAGAGCACAGUUCUUUUGUGAACGAAGCAGUCCUUCACUGCACUGCAAAGAAACUGACAGGCUGAGCAAGAUGUUCAUACUAUUGUGAGAAAAAAAAAGGCAAACCUUAUACUAGUGCCAAGUAACUAUUCUCCCAUAAUGGUGGGCUUACUUUUGGAAAGUUUUAUCUUGGUGAUGUGUGCUUUCCUAAUGUGCUUGUUGUGCCCUCUUUCCAGCCCAUGCACAUCUUGGUUAUGUUAAUCUCAAUGGCUGUAUUUAUACAUGACGACUUCUAAGAUUUCUGCGUAAAUUGAACAUGUGGAUGUUAUGGAAAUUCAUCUGCUACAAAGCAAAAAAAUGUGAUGCUUAACUUUCCACAGUAAAACCAAUAUGUAAUUAUGGGAAACUUCCUACACCAAUAAUAAUAAUAAUAAAACAAGAUUAUGACAAUUAAAAGCAAUAUUAUUGUUUUUAUAUCAAGCCCUUAUUACUGAAACGUUACCACUUGACUGUUUGCAAUUAGCAAAAAAUAGGAAUGUUCAGCCCUAUACAGCAAGUUACUGGUUCUACUCUGGGCAUUAUUGGUUUUGGGAAUAUUGGAAAAGCAGUUGCUGAAAAAGCAAAAGGAUUCAAAAUGGAGAUCUUGUACUACAGUCGCACUCGGAAAGAGGAUCAAGAGAAACAGUUAGGUAAAAUUUUUUUUGACCAUCAUCAUUCGAUGUCAUUUCCAUGCUCAGUGGUGCAUAGGGUACAGACAAAAGUUUGUCAUUUAGACCUUCUUUUGGCUUCUGAAUAUUAGCUCUUCUCAACCUAACCUCCAGCCCCUGGCAAAGAGGAGUUUUCCUGGAAACUGUUCGAUUCGAUACAAGUCAUUUCGAUACAAACUCAAGCAUUGCAAUUGCAGUAAAAUUUAGACCACUUCAAGUAUACCGUAUUUUCUCAAAUAAUAGCCAUCCCUUGAUUUGAUUAAUUGCCUCCCUUGAAUAAUCCCCCGCCUUUGAUGAAAAUAUUUAAAAUAAUAAAAUGUGCCAAUCUUGUAGAUUUUGUGGAGACACAAUCCGUUAACGACUUAGUGAUGUGAUCAGAGUUCUGACUGUUGUGCUUCCGUUCAAAAUAAUCCCCCCCCUCUGAUUAAAAUAUUUAAAAAAAUGCCCCCCCCCCGCCCCUCUCACUCUUGUCUCUUCCUUUUAUCCCCUUCGCCCUGUCAAGUUGAAGUGGAAUGAGAUUCAGCAAAAAUGACCAGUGACGAUUCAAACUCAGAAAAUUAAUCAAGGAACUAAAUUUGGAAUGCUUAAAAAGCCCAUGUUCAGUUGAUUUGAUGUGAUUAUUUUCUAUUUUUAUGGGAAAAUAAAAUGAUAUAUUUAGGGCACGACUUCCAGUGAGCAAUAUUUGAAAUAAUCGCCCCCUUUUUGUGCGAAAAAAGAAAUAAUCGCCCUCGGUUACUAUUCGAGAAAAUACGGUAGUUUGCAUGUGAACAAGAAAAACAGUUGGGGUGAAUAUUCUUCCUUUUCUAAGCCAAGUAGAUGAAACUUUUUACGCCUCGACUGAAUAAACUUGUCUCAAAACGACUUGUAUUGAAACAACCAGUAACUGUUUUCUGAACCUUCCUUCCAGCCCCUGACUUGGCUGAAUGUCUUGCUCACAUUAAAAAAACAGGUGGUUCGCCCCCAGCUCAACCCCAAUCCUGAAGGAACUGGGAAGGGGUGUAUGGAGUAAGGCCCUAAAAGACCCCUGAUUGGAUGUUAAAUUCUCCCUUUGGUUUCCAAAUAUACACAAGGAAAAGUGGAAGGAGAAUUUAGUAGUUAGCUGUCUGAAGUCACCCGCAGCCUUUUCCCUGGCAAUCUUUUAUUUAACAAUGAAUGUGGCUCUGAUUAAAACCUUUACUUAGUUCAGAUGAUCUUGCUAUUGACUGAUGAUGAUGUUAAACUAUUCAGCUCGUUUACUUCAACCUUGCUUAUUAAUUUGAAAGGGACAUAAAAGAACCCACAGUUUUGUUAAAAAAGAGCAGGGAAGUAGUAGGUAGACUGUUAUUGGUGCAUAGUAAUUGCCUUUAUGCUGUUUCUGUUACCUAGACAACAUUUGGCAAAGCAAAACAAAAUUAAAUAAGAAGUAUAUGAUUGUAAAACGUUAAAUAAACCACUUCAUACAACUAAAACAAAAUAGGUCCAAAAUAAUAUAGUUAAAAAAUAAUAAUUAUUGUUGUGCCAUUUUUACUUUUGGUAUGCAUUUCAGGUGUUUCAUUCUGUCCAGACUUGAAGGAACUUUUGCAAGAGUCAGACUUUGUCAUUUUAUGUUUGCCAUAUACUGAUCAUACCAAGCAUAUCAUUUCAUCAAAGGAACUAUGUCUUAUGAAACCCACAGCCACACUGAUUAAUGUGGGUCGUGGUGGAACUGUCAAUCAUGAUGACCUGAAAGCCGCAUUACAAAAUGGAGUCAUCAGAGGUGCCGCACUGGAUGUUACAGAGCCAGCUAGUCUUCCGAAAGACCAUCCUCUUUUUACAAUGCAAAAUGUGAUCAUCACCCCACAUAUUGCUUUUUAUACAGAGACUUCAUUGGUAAAAAUGUUAACAUCUGCUUUGGAUAAUUUAAGGGCAGGAAUCAGAGGUGAAGAAUUACCUUAUCCUGUGUAUUAA